CAACUAAAAGCGUUUGGUGGGAAAUUAAGAGAAGCAGAAAACCCUGUGCUGUUUUUUGAGCGUUCGGUCUACAGUGACAGGUACAUCUUUGCUUCCAAUCUGUACGAAGAAGAAUGUCUGAAUGAGACAGAAUGGACGGUAUAUCAGGACUGGCAUGAGUGGAUGAAUUCCCAGUUCUGUGCUGAUCUUGAAUUGGAUGGAAUUAUUUAUCUUCGAGCUGAUCCAGAGAAAUGUCUGAGCAGGAUUCAUACCCGUGGAAGAGAUGAAGAACAAGGAAUUCCAAUGGAAUACCUAGAAAAACUUCAUUACAAGCAUGAGAGCUGGCUUCAUCACAGGAACAUGAAGACAGAUUUCGCAUAUCUGCAAGAAAUACCCAUCUUGACACUUGAUGUGAAUGAAGAUUUUAAGCAUGAUAAGCAGAAACAAGCAUGCAUGAUUGAAAAGGUUAGAGAGUUUUUGAGCACGUUAUAA